AUGACUGGCCAAUUACCAAUUAAAUUUCAGGAGCAUUUACAGCUUCAAAAUGUAGGAAUCAAUGUUAGCAAUAUCGGUUUCAGCUCGUUAACAAUGGAAUCAGAUAAAUUUAUUUGUGUACGAGAAAAAGUAAAUGACACUGCGUCUGUAAUCAUAAUUGAUAUGGCUGAUCCACAAAAUCCAAUUAAACGUCCGAUAACAGCCGAUUCAGCCAUUAUGAAUCCAGCUAGUAAAGUGAUUGCUUUAAAGGCGGCCAAAACUUUACAAAUCUUUAAUAUUGAAUUACGUAGCCGUAUGAAAACGUACAACAUGGUAGAAGAUUGUAUUUUUUGGAAAUGGGUAUCCGUAAAUACAAUCGGUAUUGUAACAGAAACGUCUGUGUAUCAUUGGACAAUGGAAGGCGAAAGUCAACCGGUGAAAGUUUUUGAUCGUCAUCAAAGUUUGCAGGGCUGUCAAAUAAUUAAUUAUCGAACAGAUGAAGCAUUACAGUGGUUACUUGUUAUCGGUAUUCAAGCCCAAGAUAGUCGAGUUGUUGGUCGGAUGCAGUUGUAUUCGGUAGAACGGAAAGUAUCGCAACCAAUUGAAGGUCAUGCUGCUGCGUUUACUCAAUUCAAAUUAGAAAAUAAUAAAAAACCAUCCACUUUAUUUUCAUUUGCUGUUCGCAGUCCAACUGGUGGAAAACUUCAUAUCAUUGAAGUUGGUGCACCUGCGCCCGAUAAUCAACCAUUUCAAAAGAAAGCAAUCGAUGUUCAAUUUCCAGCCGAGGCACCAAAUGAUUUUCCUGUAGCAAUGCAAACAUCAUCAAAACAUGGUGUCAUAUUUCUUGUUACCAAAUAUGGAUAUGUACACGUAUUCGAUAUUGAAAGUGGAACAUUAAUUUAUAUGAAUCGUAUUAGUGCUGAUACAAUGUUUGUUACCGCUCCUUAUGAACCGACAUCGGGAAUUAUUGCUGUUAAUCGAAAAGGACAAGUGUUGUCUGUUAGUAUUGACGAAGAAAAUUUAGUAUCAUAUAUUCAAAAUUCAUUGAGCAAUCAGGAAUUAGCCUACAAAUUAGCCGUUCGUUGUAAUUUACCAGGUGCCGAUCAGUUAUUUGUUGCAAGGUUUGCUCAUUUAUUUCAAACUGGAAAUUAUGGUGAAGCCGCCAAAGUAGCAGCAACUGCACCACGAGGUAUAUUACGUACACAACAAACAAUUCAACAAUUUCAGACUGUACCACCUCAACCAAAUCAACCAUCACCGUUACUACAAUAUUUUAGUAUAUUGUUAGAAAGUAGUAAAUUAAAUCGCGAAGAAUCAAUCGAAUUAUGUAAACCAGUUGUUAUGCAAGGGAAAAAACCUUUACUUGAAAAAUGGCUGAAAGAAGAUAAACUUGAAUGUAGCGAACAGCUUGGUGAUUUAGUAAAAACAAUUGAUCCAACAUUGGCUUUAUCUGUCUAUUUACGUGCAAAUGUGCCAUUAAAAGUGAUUCAAUGUUUUGCUGAAACCGGACAAUAUCAAAAAAUUAUAUUAUACGCGAAAAAAGUCAAUUUUCAAGCAGAUUAUAUCUUUUUAUUACGAAGUAUAAUGAGAAUUAAUCCUGAACAAGGUGUACAAUUUGCACAGAUGCUUGUACAAGACGAUGAACCGUUGGCCGAUUUGACACAAGUGGUUGAUGCAUUUCUAGAACAAAAUCUUAUCCAACAGUGCACAGCCUUUUUAUUAGAUGCGUUAAAAAAUAAUCGUGAAGAUCAAGGACAUUUACAGACACGUUUACUUGAAAUGAAUUUGAUGCAAGCACCACAAGUGGCUGAUGCUAUUCUUGGUAAUAAUAUGUUUACACAUUAUGAUCGACCACAUAUUGCACAGUUAUGUGAAAAAGCUGGAUUAUUACAACGUGCACUUGAACAUUACACAGAUUUAUACGAUAUUAAACGUGCGGUUGUUCAUACACAUUUAUUAAAUCCAGAUUGGCUUGUCAACUAUUUUGGUCGUUUAUCUGUUGACGAUUGUAUCGAAUGUUUAAAAGCAAUGUUACAAGCUAAUAUAAGACAAAAUUUACAAGUUGUCGUACAAAUAGCUACAAAAUAUCACGAACAAUUGGGUACACAAAAAUUGAUUGAAUUAUUUGAGUCAUUCAAAAGUUAUGAAGGUUUAUUCUAUUUUCUUGGUUCAAUCGUUAACUUUAGUCAAGACCAAGAAGUUCAUUUUAAAUAUAUUCAAGCAGCAUGUAAAACGGGACAAAUUAAAGAAGUUGAACGCAUUUGUCGUGAAAGUAAUUGUUAUGAUCCAGAACGUGUUAAAAAUUUCCUUAAAGAAGCAAAAUUAACAGAUCAAUUACCAUUGAUUAUUGUUUGUGAUCGUUUUAAUUUUGUCCAUGAUCUUGUACUCUAUUUAUAUCGAAAUAAUUUAAUGAAAAAUAUUGAAAUCUAUGUACAAAGGGUUAACUCUGGACGAUUGCCCGUGGUUGUUGGUGGACUUUUGGAUGUUGACUGCAGUGAAGAUAACAUUAAACAAUUGAUAUUGUCUGUUCGUGGAAAUUUCAACGUUGAUGAAUUAGUUGAAGAAGUUGAGAAACGUAAUAGAAUGAAAUUAUUAUUGCCAUGGUUAGAAACACGAAUACGUGAUGGUUCAAAUGAUCCCGGUGUUCACAAUGCCAUUGCUAAAAUAUACAUCGAUUCAAACAGCAAUCCAGAAAAGUUUUUACGUGAAAAUCAAUAUUAUGAUAGUCGUGUUGUAGGAAAAUAUUGUGAAAAAAGAGAUCCACAUUUGGCAUGUGUUGCAUAUGAACGCGGUGGUUGUGAUUUAGAAUUAAUCAAUGUUUGUAAUGAAAAUUCAUUAUUUAAAAGUGAAGCUCGUUAUUUGGUUCGUCGUAAAGAUCCUAACUUAUGGGAACAAGUAUUGGGUGAAGAUAAUCAAUAUCGUCGAUCUCUAAUUGAUCAAGUUAUUCAAACCGCUCUAGCCGAAACACAAGAUCCCGAAGAAAUAUCAGUUACUGUUAAAGCCUUUAUGACGGCUUCUUUACCAAAUAAUUUGAUUGAAUUAUUAGAAAAAAUUGUCAUUGAUAAUUCGGUAUUUAGUGAACAUCGAAAUUUACAAAAUUUGCUUAUAUUAACAGCAAUUAAAGCUGAUCGUUCACGUGUAAUGGAUUAUAUAAAUCGUUUGGAUAAUUAUGAUGCACCGGAUAUAGCAAAUAUUGCUAUUAGUAAUCAAUUGUAUGAAGAAGCAUUUUCAAUCUACAAAAAAUUUGAAGUAAAUACAUCAGCUAUUCAAGUUUUAAUCGAUAAUAUUAAUAAUUUGGAUCGAGCAUACGAAUUUGCUGAACGAUGUGAUGAACCGGGUGUAUGGAGUUUAUUGGCCAAUGCGCAAAUAAGAAAUGGUCUUGUCAAAGAAGCUAUUGAUUCAUUUAUUAAAGCUGAUGAUCCAGCAUCAUAUUUAGAAGUUGUCAAUGUUGCAAGUCAAAAUAAUAGUUGGGAAGAUUUAGUUCGAUAUUUACAAAUGGCACGUAAAAAAGCUCGUGAAACAUUUGUCGAAACAGAAUUAGCCUUUGCAUAUGCAAAAACAAAUCGACUUGCUGAAUUAGAAGAAUUUAUAUCUGGACCAAAUCAUGCACAAAUACAAAAUGUUGGUGAUCGUUGUUUCGAAAAUGGCAUGUAUGAUGCAGCAAAAUUAUUGUUUAGCAAUAUAUCAAAUUAUGCUAAAUUAGCUGUUACAUUAUGUUAUUUGGGUGAUUAUCAAGGAGCUGUUGAUAGUGCAAGAAAAGCUAAUUCAACAAAAACAUGGAAAGAAAUUUGUUUUGCUUGCAUUGAUAAACAAGAAUUUCGUUUGGCACAAAUGUGUGGUGUUCAAAUAGUUGUACAAGCUGAAGAAUUAGAAGAACUUAUCAAUUAUUAUCAAAAUCGUGGCUAUUUUGACGAAUUAAUUCAGUUAUUAGAAGCAGCGCUUGGUCAUGAACGUGCUCAUAUUGGAAUGUUCACUGAAUUAGCUAUAUUAUAUUCAAAAUAUAAACCACAAAAAAUGCGUGAACAUCUUGAAUUGUUUUGGUCUCGUGUUAGAAAACCAAAAGUACUUCGUGCGUGUGAACAAGCACAUUUAUGGUCCGAAUUGGUAUUUUUGUAUGAUAAAUAUGAAGAAUUUGAUAAUGCUAUAUUAACAAUGAUGUCUCAUCCAACAGAAGCCUGGCGUGAAAAUCAUUUUAAAGAUAUUAUUGCCAAAGUAGCCAAUAUUGAAUUAUAUUAUAAAGCAAUUGAUUUCUAUCUUGAAUUUAAACCAAUGUUAUUAAAUGAUUUAUUAUUAAUACUAUCAGCUCGUCUAGAUCAUACACGAACCGUUAAUUAUUUUAUGAAAGUCAAACAAUUGCCAUUAGUUAAACCCUAUUUACGAUCGGUACAAAACAUCAAUAAUAAAGCAAUUAAUGAAGCAUUGAAUAAUUUAUUAAUUGAAGAAGAAGAUUAUCAAGGUUUGAGAAGUUCAAUUGAUGCUUAUGAUAAUUUUGAUAAUAUAUCAUUGGCUCAACGUUUGGAAAAACAUGAAUUGAUUGAAUUUCGCCGUGCUGGAGCAUAUUUAUACAAAGGAAAUAAUCGUUGGAAACAAGCUGUUGAAUUAACGAAAAAAGAUCGCUUGUACAAAGAUUCAAUGACAUAUGCUGCUGAAUCUCGACAAGUUGAUAUAGCUGAAGAAUUAAUAUCAUGGUUUCUAGAUGAAAAUUUAUUUGAAUGUUUUGGAGCAUGUUUAUUUCAAUGCUACGAUUUAUUACGUCCUGAUGUUAUUUUAGAAUUAGCAUGGCGACACGAUAUUAUGAAUUUUGCCAUGCCCUAUAUGAUUCAAGUGAUGCGAGAAUAUAUUUCAAAGGUCGAUAAACUCGAACAGUCAGAUCAAGUCCGAACAGAAACAGAAACGGAAAAACCUUUUGUAAUCGAGAAUCUACCAUUGAUGUUAACAGCACCUGGUAUGAAUUAUUCUGCAGCUCAGGGCUUUUCACCCUUUGGAGCACCCGUACAUGGUUAUCCAACGUACAAUUAG